AGGAGCGAUGUGAGCGUCUGAAGAAAUCAUCUAAACAGCAAUGCGAAGCCUUUAUUCGACUAAAUGAUCGCACCACAAUGAUGCAAGCAGACGAUACUGAGUAUCAGAAAGUAUUCGCCACCCUUGACGAGCUCGACCUUGGCUCUUUGAAACCUGUUUUCAAAGAGAAACGCUUUCGGGAUAAAACUUUAUCAUUUAUAAAAUCAGAGGGGGAAUUAAAAGAAAUCCUUAAAGAGGAACUACAGUUACCCUUUGGCCAACGAUUUGAAUUCAGUUGCCUGUGGUUUCAAAAAUUUCAUGGGACAGAAGAAGGUGCGGCUGUCCAAGGAAGAAAAACCGUCGGAAUAAAAAGUGAUCAAAAACCAAUUCCAGUUGAAAAGGGAAAAAAACCAUCAUCUGAAGCAAUAGUCGAUAGCUAUAAGGUGGAUGAACGAGAGAGAAGAAAGGAGAUCUUUGCUGAGAGGGUCAAUCUUACGAAAGAAGCGGCUGGCGCUUGCUUUGAUAACACAGGUGCCUACCGUAAACCAAGGCAAGCAUUUCUUGAGUUGCCGUCACUCGGAGACAGUAAAGAACUGUCAGCCAGUAAUCAUGGAGUUUUACAGCCAAGGAAGCCAAAGGAAGACAAACAAGUCGAAAUACUCGAAAGCAUCCCAGCAAUUUUGAAAGGAGAGAAAAAGGCGGAGGAUAUUACGAUAGGAGGAACCAGCAGUACAGAGAAGCUUAGUGAAAAAGACCUCGAUUACAAAGAAGCAUGCCAAAACGAAAGAGGGAUAGGUAGUACCCCUCUAGAGGAAGAAUGGAUAUCUUCUGACGAAGGAUUCGGUGAAAAAAGCGGAGGGGUAAAGAAAAAAGAUGUAAAAGCUCUUGAAAAGACAGAAAACAGUCAAGCUGCCAUCAGUGAAGGGGAUAUAAAAAUAGAAAAACGCCUUUCAAAAGGUCAAGCGCUAGAUCAAGCGCAAGAUCAUGUCAGUGAGGUCAUUUCAUUUGAAGGUGGAGACAAAUUUUUGACAGCCGAUCCAACACCAAAUCUGAUGGAUCGUCCAGUCGUCGCCUGCCACCGUGUACAAAAACUCUCGUCUGUCGAUGCUAGCGAUCAAGAAAUCUGGACUGAUGAAAGUGAAACUAUUCACGGCGAAGACCCUUUGGCUAACGAAUAUGAUGGCCAGAAAGGUGACGCAGAGGUUGUACCCAAAGAUAUACCUCUUCACGAAAGAGGUGUGGAUGCUGAAUUUGGGGAAGGGGAUAACAACUCCAACAACCCUUUGGAAUCUAGUUCGCAGAGUAAAAGCAAAAAGAAGAAGAAGAAGAAGAAAAAAAAGAAGGAGCAGAAUGCCUCUGAAGAGACGGGAAGCCAAACAAUCGAUCAAAGCGUGAACAAGGACGAAGAAGAGAAAGCAGGCGAUAUAAGUCUCCAUGAAGGUCAGCCAACAUGUGCACCUCAAGAUCUCCAGCAUACAUCACCAAAGGAAUCUACAGUAUCUAAAAAUAAAAUUGGUCCAGCUGAAACGGGUGAUCUCGAGGAAGAGAGCAUAUAUUCCGGGCACACUACAGAAGAAAGUCAAAAAGAAAAUAACCUUUCGUUUUUCGAAGCCACAAAGAAGAAAAAGGGACUGGAGGAAGAUGCAAGUGUCCGUAAGAGUCCUAAAGAGGUGCAAACUUCGCAGGCAACAUUCCAGGAAGGAGCCUCCAAACCGAAACAGCAAGACAAGCGCAAUGAAUUGUCCAUGCAAACAGCCGGGAAAGAAAAAGAAACAAGUUCAUGUGACACAACAGAAACAGAAACAGAAACGACUUUCUGCAGAGAUUUGCCGCUUAAAAAGUCAGCCUCCUCAACUACAGAACAGGGAAAGAUGAAGCAGGGCCCACCCAAUGAGAAACUUAUGAAUCAGGCUCAUGAACCAGGGAAACAUCACGCAGGUGGAGAGGGAGACCAGGAAAACGACUCCAGGAAAAUUGUCAUCUGUAACCCUAGGCCUUUCGGAGCGACAGGAAAAGAGUACGUCUAUGAAAAGGGAUCUGUCUUUGGUGUUGAAGAAAAUAGAGAAAUUGAGUUCAAGUCACUUGUAAAGGCCCAUAUUGAUUCUCUUCCUUGGAAAAUAAUGGAAAAGGCGAAGAAGUUUAUCUGCGCUUGCUUGAAUAGCGACCGGAAAGGCAUUAUAUACUUUGGUGUUGGAGACAGUCAAGAGCAAGGAUCAAGGUACAAGCAUGGCGAAAUCGUGGGGCUUGAUGUCACCGACAUCAAAGAUGACAUCAAUAAAGCCUUCCAAUUCGUCUUGGAUGACCACAUUAAAAGCGAUGAAGGACCGCUCCAGAAAGGCGGAGAACAAAACUGUAUCACUCUUCACUUCGUUCCUGUGAGGAUUCAAGGAAACAGCCCUAACCUGUUCGUCAUAGAAAUAGAGGUAGCGAGAGACUGGCGAUUGUGUAAGGAUAAAGUUUAUUAUUCAAAAACCUGGGUCCAGAAACGCGACAAAGACUGCGCUGGAAAGAAGGCAUUGGAUGACUAUUUCAAAGUGAAAGGCGAUUUGUUUGAUGACGUAGCAAUUCGUACCAAUGGAGCAUCUAGCAGUGUGAAGCAGUUAGAAGUCGACAGACAGGUGAAGAAACCACUCCAAGUAAAAUACAAGGAAUGGAGAAAGAAGGAAAAGCAAGGUGCCGGCGGAUUAUACGAAGCACAACAUAGUCUCGAGGAAGCUGACGCAAAAAGAUUCAGUAUCGAUGUGCGAGAGAGAUUACGUGAACUGAACUAUAAGGAUAAUGGCUACAUACUUGUCGCAAAUAAGCUGCCUGCCCUGUACAGAGGAUCACCUCAAUUAUCCUUUCUGCAAAACAUUCCUUGGGUUGCUGUGUUUGACUUAUUCGACCCGGCAUCUAAAGUAGACGGCCUACACUAUGCUUGUAAUGAGACAACUGACGCAGUACGCGCGACAAUUUAUACCCUUGAUGACUUCAAAGAAGUGACACCCGAUAAAGAUGCUCUCAUUUCGACUCGAGGAACCACCUGGAUUCUCAGUAAUGAAGAAAUGCAGAAAGGAAAUUGGAUAAAGUGUUCCAAGGAUUGUCUGUACCGAGCUUUAUCAGCUUACAAAGAAUGCUUUCUUCCGGGGAAGCUUGUGUGCAUUUUUCUUUGUCUCGCUGAGAAUGCAGUUCCCGAGAUGGCAGAUAUUAUGGAAAGCAGUUUCAGCAUUUUUGGAAACUCGGCAAGUAGUUGCGUUACCAUUCUUAGUGAAACCGCUGAAGUGGCAGAGGCAUUCAUCGAAGCCUCUAAACCUGCACUUCGGCGAGAACUGAAGGAUUGCUCUAUAACCGGUAUUCCCUGGAGCUUAUUGAAGGAAAUCGUCCGCGAAAUGGUCGGGCCUUCCAAGUUUGAGGAACCUGGAGCAAAAACAGAACUUCCGUAUUUCACUGGACAAAGCAAAGCGGUUUUUAACAAAAUCAUCAACUCUUGGAAUGAUUUAGAAGUAUAUAGCCCAAAUCCUCGGUUGUCCAUGUUCGCAGAGGCCAUUGAAAGGGAGCGGGAUGCAUUUUAUAAAGGCGCUCAGGCCAGUCAGAUUAAUCUAAUGCAAAACCAUACCAUUGCUCGAAGUCUUGAAAAAGAGGUAACUGCUAAAGUUGAUAAGGCGCUGAAGUCUUUGUCUAAAGAAAACAUGGAUGCCAACUACUACGUGAAGACUGUAACCGUUCCCUACGAGCCAGGAUCUGGUGCUACUACUCUUUGCCGUAGGAUCCUUUGGAACAAAAGAGAGGAAUAUCGUUGCGCUGUGGUAAAAGCCAUAACACCUUCUACGGACUUUCAAAUUGACAACUUCCAGCGAAUUGCAUAUGACGAGAAGAAUUCAAACUAUUCACUUCCUGUACUUGUUCUUGUUGACAACUUUCCAGAGAAUGAUGUCCGUCAUUUGACAGAUCAAAUCAUGAAAAGAAGGGCAAAAUGUGUUGUGCUAACCACGCUGCCAAUCCUGAAAUCAGAAACUAAUACACAGUUUGAGAUAACACCCUUACGAAAGCUCAACGACACGGAGACGAGUCUUGUCAAAGACAUUUUGAUUAAUAUUAUGAGCGACAGCCAGAAAAGAAGGGAGGCUGAGGAAGUCCUGGAGAGAGAAAAAAGGUUCAUUUGGUUUGGUUUGGAACUUUUUGGACGAGACUACGUUAAAAUAGAAGAGAGGCUUAAAAAACACAUUCAUAGUAUCCUAAUGGCUUUCCUGGGUGACUCACAGAGGAUGCAUAAAUCGGUCCUAGAAAUGUGUUGUUUCCUCAACAAAUACAGUGAUGGUUGUGUUAUCCUACCUCACGCAGUUGCACUAGACUCUUUGCACGAUACAAGUGCAGACAAACAAAGCUCAGGGAUUAACGAAAUCCAUGAAGUAUUUGGAGGACUGCUCCUUGAGGAACAGAACGAAACCAAUGGAUAUUAUGGUUGGCGCCCCGCACAUCCUCUUGUUAGCGAUGUGGUUACAUCAGGGAUAAGUAUCGAAGAGACAGCUAUACGUUGUCUUGAACAAGCUUGCAGUGGAAAGGCAUACGUGAUGAAGUUUCUAAGACGUCAAAUUUUCCGACUGUAUCUAGAUCGAAAAAGAUUGUCCGAUCCUGUCUUCGUAGAAGACCAAGCCUUAGACGAUGGCGCAGUCGGUGCUGAUUUAGAGAACGAAGUCUUCGGGUUUCACGGUAAACGCACCCGGUAUUCGCCUGUCAUCGUGGACAUCAUGGAUAAAGAAGAAAACAUUGAAGGGGCUCUUAGGGUUCUUCUAACCAUCUGUGAGAAGGCCACACAAAUCGAGGAUAAGGCUUACGCGUGGCAACAGUUAGCACGAUUUAUAGGGUACGAAUUGCGUGCCAACGAAAUGGACGAAACCAACGAGCUAAAUAAGCGACUUCACCACACUAUGACGGAAAUAAAACAAAUCAAGGUAGCCAUACCACGAACCGGAAUCGAUGCUGCCCACAUGGCAGUGGAUAUUGCUGUCUCCCUUCAGCCCAGUUACACCAACCAUUACACCACCAAAGGUGUUCUUUACUUUCAUCAAUUAAGGGAUUUCAAGACCAAGACGCCUUUACUUCGAGCUCUUCCAGACGCCGUCGAAAUAUGCCGCAAAGCGUUGGGCGUAUACCAUAAAGCGCUCGAGACCUCACGUGAACCUAACCAUUUCUCAAUGAUUGGUAAGAUCCAAGCCAAUGUCUCCCUCCUGGAAAUUGUUAAGGAUCUACCCUGCUUUAACUCCGAUGAGGGAAAGUUUACGAUGUACUUAGAGAGAAGAACUGUUCCUCAUGAAUUAGAGAACGCCCUUUCCCCGGAAGACCGCGACUACGUACAGAGACUUGGAACCACCACACUCGACUUAUUGAACGAGCUUUUCGGACAUGUGAAGCUUAAACAAACAACUACCUAUGAUGAAAAUGAGGGAAGGGGUCUUAACAAUGCAAAGAUUAGGGCUUCCAAUCUACGUCGAAAAUUUUAUGAGAUUACAGGAUUCGACAAAAAGGAGUUAAGCAGUGAUGACAACUCACUACUCCUCUCCCUCUCACCAAAACAACCGCCUGCGGUUUAUCAGCAGAACGUUCAAGACAUUCUCUUCAUGAAAGACGAAACACCUUACAGCGCAUGGUCAAACCUGACUGAUGGAGAAAUAAUCAAAAUCUACUUUCUGCUGAGGCCUCUUUGUCUUCGUGGGCAAGGAAGCUAUAAUGACAUGUUGAUUUGCUCCAAGGCAGGUCUUCAACUUAAAGAGAAACCUUCAGUUCAAGAGCUUGACAACAUCGUUAGCGAGUGGGUACGGAAGUAUCCAAAUUCAGAAUGGGCCCAUCUUUUCUACUAUAUGAUUCACUUUCCAAUCCCAAAUGCAUCUCUUGCACCUUGUAAUGCAGCAGCGAGGGAAUCUGUCAAAAAGUGUGGCAGGAUUGUUCGAGAAAAAGCAGGUUCAGGAUUUCGGAAAUCCGGUGCUGAGUACUUUCUUGGUAAAGGGAUUGGCCUCAACGCCAUUCUAAGUAGCCAGGAGUUUCGGUGGCUAGAAACCAAAUGGAAAACCAAGACGGAUUUUUGGCGAGGCAAGGAACCUUCUGAGAGGUUGGAACGCGUGCAAGGUCGGAAAGAGGUCGGCAGUAAAGGCAUUAUUUCGUACCAAGGAAUUCAACUGCACUUUGAUAACACACUUUAUCCCAACGAAAGCAAGGACGAUCUCUGGUUUUACGUUGGUUUCACACUCGCUGGGCCCUAUGCAUAUGAUCCAGUCGACAAGGACAAAUACACUAGUUUGAAAAGACAAAUAGGGAGUACCACACCCAUGACAACAUCCCAUCCAAUACCUGAAAGGUUUGACAACAGAGACAGAUGGAGCCUUCCUCGACACUUUGUUGCUGGCAAAAAAACGAACAAAACCUCAUCAGAUUUACCUCAAGGAAACAUCGGUGCCAUCCAAAGUGAGCGGACUUACACCCCUCCUGUUUCACGAACUCGAAGACAUGACAGAGAUUUUUAUUCCAAGGUGAGAUCCGAUGAUGUUUCGGAAUGGGGCCCAGACGUCUCAGAUGUCCCUGUUAAUUCUUAUUUGCCUGAGGCAAAACGAAACACAGACUGGAGUAUGUCAGCGUUCGCUUCGGGAAAGGAAGAGGCAAAUCAGCAGAAACAUUCUUUGGCAGCAAGAAGCCGAACUAAACAGGAACGAGCUAAAUGGAAAUCGGUAAUAGGAACUAAGGGUAACGAGAAGAGAGAGUUUUCCCCCAAAAGCGUAGAUGUAGAUGGAAAACUCCAUCAUGGAGCUUUUGUUCUUGGACUUCCAAAGUCGCAAGAGUGCACACGUCACAACUCCACGGAGGAAACCCAUUUCAUCAGAGGCUGUAAUUUUGCACAUGGCUGGAUAGGAGAUACUCUACAGUUUGUCUGCACCAAGUGUACAGAUGAGAACAGGAAGUUUUGCAAAGAAAAGGUCAGCCAUAAAGAGUACAUCUGGAAUCUUGGCCCGUACCGAACCAGCAGUGGCGAGAUCUGGAGAAAGAAAAAGGAUCCGGUAAUGGAACAAGCAUCGGAGAUAGUUUUUGAAGAUCCAUCAGAGGCCAAACCUGUGCUGUUAGAUGAUCCCUGGGGUUCCACUAAUGAUUGGGGAGCGCCCCUUCUCGAAUGGGGUGAAGAAGUUGAUGACCAUGAUGAUGGUGAUCAUGACGAUGAGGGAAACAAGGAGAACGGCGCAGAGGCGUCAGACCUGUGGAUGACGCUUGGGCCCAAUAGAUUCAGCGCCUUAUCGGAAUGAUUUAAUGAAGAAGCUGUGUUUUGAAAAACGGAAGGACUCUUCAAAUGUUGCAGCUAGGAGAGAUUGAAACUGUUUUAUUCUCCAACAGCGUAAAGUACUAAUUAUGAUUACGAGACUCUUUCCUUCCAUUUGAAGAUGAUUUCUCCAACUUAAUCAAGAUCGUUAGGUUAUUCGUCAUCACAAGGACGAAAGCAACUCUUCGAAAAGUUUAUUCUAAAGAAAAUUUGAAUUAGUCUUUAGACAAGCUGCAGAUAAGUCUUGGACUGGAGAGCGGUAACACUUUGUGUCCUUUUCUCCAAAGAAUCAAAUGUUUUAUACGUGCAUAAUUCCAAUUUAACAGUGAUGGCCAAAAUGUCAUCCACAUAAUCGCUAUGUUGCUCCAAGUUGCCUUGAUUAGUUCUAACUUUCUUACGACAAUGAUUACUAUGCUUCUUUCGUACCUUAAAAUUUUCGCCAUAUGUCUUUGUUUUCGGCUUCGAAGUUUGUGACAACUCGAACUUGGCAAUGAUCUACGUGACAUGGAUGUUAGCCAUUAUUGUCGGUUCUAGCGAAGCGUGCCCAAAUAGGAUGUUGUACGCUGUCCUUCCUAUCAAGUUGACAAAUGAGCACUAAGGUUCAGCGCUCGCAUCUUCGAUUAAUAUCGAAAAAAAUUGUCCUUCGUCUUAGUGAAUUGUAAUAACUUUAAACCCGUCAUUGUCAUUUGUCGUAAGCUGUACUCUCUUCUGAUAAGGAGGCGACUUCUUGCAGAUCACCUUGUGUCGUAUGAGGCUCUCUUAAAUUUACUAUGAUUAAUUAUCCGCUCUUCCUUCUGGUUUUAAAGAGGUUGCCAUCGUGUUGUUCCUGGGUGUAGUUAUGUAGUUGUCAAUCAAUAUACUUUGCUUUGCCAGAGUUCAGGACGUGGGUGCGGGCCAAGGUGUAAUAUUUCGAUUAUAUUCCUUGAUUGUGUUUGCAUAGGCGUUCUACCCUCACCAGUAUAACUAUACAACAAUUGUAGGCCGGCCGGAAUCGUGUGAGACACGUGAUCUUGUUCAGUCAUACCAGCAGCGUAAUUCUAUUCUUCUUUCAUUUUUUUCCUUAAUCUAAUUGUAACGCACACCUUACCUUCUCAUUUCUGUGGUUACUGCCUCUUGUAGGAGGCGAAGCCACAUACGCUAUCGAAAUGAGUGAGUGAGUGGGUAAGUGACGGUAGGUAACAAUCGAAAGCCGAACACUUCAAAAUAAUUUCACGAUGACUUCUUCUGCCCGAAAUUGAAAACAAGACUUUUCCUUGCAUAAAUAUUUUAAUAGGUGCGAUGUACACAUCGUGGAAACUUUGAAGACAAAUUUUACUUAUUCAAAGAGAGAAUUUUACCAUUUUAAUCAGCGACUAAUGCCCAAAAGAGCCGUUAAAUUUGCGAAGCGAGAAAGAUACGGAAUUUAACAUGGUAACCAUAUUGGACAAAUGAUGGGACGACGGAAUGGAAGAAUAUCCUAGAACGCGGCAUGCCUUGUUGUAUGGAACAAAAGUCUCACAAAAAUAGAAUUUCAAUGAAAUGAGAAAAUUAGUUAUAAUUAAUAGGUAAAAUUAAAAGAAUCAUAGUUUAAUCAUUAUUGGAGCCUAGAGGAUAGACCAAGAACAGUGAGGUUCUUAAGCUAAACCCUACAAAUUAUCAUUACUAUUAUUAUUGUUAUUAUUACUAUUAUUAUAAUUAUUGUCGAUAUGAUUGUUUGUGGCCAUCUAAUUAUUGGUUGAAUUUCAAUCUUCUCUUGUGGAACAGGGUACUCGUAAAUAUGUGGGAUGCGGCAGGUUUUUGUGCUAUAUCAGUAGCCACAUGGAGUCUCAGAAUGUUUUUCUCUUAAAGUUGUCGAUUGUAAAGUGGAAAUUUUUACUCUUAAGAAGCUUUGAAAAUGUAGGAAUCCUGACUUGAAAGGCUCCACUUUAACUUUUGGGGAAUGUUUUCCUUUAUUAGCGACAAAUCAAGUCUUACUGAACGUCGGCCAAAACUAGCAAUGUAUAUCCAAUAGUCUCAAUCAAUAGCUCAAGUGUUUCCGCCCUGUUUUUGCUGCUAAUGCGCCUUCUGAUUAUCAGAAAAGAAACAAGGGAAACUCACAAGCAUUGAACUACUCUUGAGCUACGAGUCGAAGAUGUAGUAUUUGUAAUCGGCUUUACGUCGAGGCGAAUCCACAAGAUGAGACAAUUUAAAUUUAAAUUUUGAAAUCAACUUGAAGACAAUUUUAUUACAAUCGCCUGAUGGACGGCUUAUAAUUACACAUGUAACACAAGUGGUCAGAGAUAUCUACAUGUAACUCCAAAAUACUGUCUAACUUAACAAGUGUGAUAGGGCAAAACCAAAAACGGCAAAAGAAUAAACAAGUAGU